AUGGGCUCGGCAACGGAAACAGAGAUUAACCCUUCAUUCGUGCUACGAGCCGUCAAAGAUGUCGCAUUUGAGGAUCGCCCAGUUCCUCAGCUUCGCAAUGCGCAUGAUGUUCGCGUUCACGUGCAGCAAACGGGUAUAUGCGGAUCCGAUGUUCACUAUUGGCAACGGGGUCGCAUUGGGGACUUUGUGUUAACCAGUCCCAUUAUCCUUGGUCACGAAUCAUCAGGAAUCGUCGUCGAGGUCGGCAGCGCGGUGAAGAAUGUCAAAAUUGGAGAUCGAGUUGCAAUAGAACCUGGUGUACCCUGUCGCCGUUGUGACUAUUGCAGAUCUGGCGACUACAAUUUAUGCGCUGAUACCGUGUUCGCUGCGACCCCACCUUGGGAUGGUACCUUGGCCAAGUACUAUAUUGUCGCAUCGGAUUAUGUCUACCCUUUUCCAGAGCAUAUGAGCAUGGAAGAAGGAGCGUUAGUCGAGCCCACUGCUGUUGCGGUACAAAUUAGCAAGGUUGCGGAGCUGCGAGCGGGACAAACUGUCGUUGUUAUGGGCUGUGGGCCCAUAGGUGUGAUGUGUCAAGCUGUAGCGAAAGCGUACGGAGCGAAACGAGUGAUCGGCGUCGACGUGGUUCAAUCAAGGCUCGACUUCGCGAAAAGCUUCGGCGCAGACGAUGUAUACUUGUCUCCAAAGCUCUCAGAAGGCGUAGACCCAGUGGAGCACCAAGAAAAGGUCGCUGCACUCAUCAAGAAUGAGUUCAAAUUGGGUGAAGGACCAGACGUGGUCCUAGAGUGCACCGGUGCCGAGCCAUGCAUACAAACUGGAAUCUAUGUCUUAAGGAAAGGUGGAACAUAUGUCCAAGCAGGCAUGGGCAAGGAGAACGUCGUGUUUCCGAUCACCACGGCCUGCAUCAGAGGACUGAUAGUGAAGGGCUCCAUAAGGUACACUGCUGGGUGUUAUGCGCAAGCAGUAGACCUUGUAGCAUCCGGCAAGAUCGAUGUGAAGCGUCUGAUCACCAAUCGCUUCGCUUUCCAGCAGGCCGAGGACGCAUUUGAGCUUGUUAAAGCCGCAAAGCCCGAUGUUUUCAAGGUCAUGAUCGAGGGUGUACAUUAG